GUUUCUCCUCAUUCCUUGGAGCAGGGGGUGACAUUUUGUUUCAUGACAAAAGGAGAUAGAAGGAAAGCUGGAGUGGUGGAAUCGGAGGCGUCCUCUACAAUGGAUACCACCUCCCCGCACUACGAUGAUGACGAUGAAGAGGGAGAGGAAGAGAAAGGAGGGAAGCCCCGAGGCAAUAAUGAGAGAGGGGGAGGAGUAGUAGCGGUAGCAUCAAGGGCAGAAGGGGCUUCAGCAGCAGAGGAGGAAGGGGGGGAGGAAGAAGCAAGACAAAGACAAGGGGAGAUGGAAAGAGGGGGUGAGAAAAUCUGGGAAGCUUUCAGGCAGAGAUUCCUCCAGGUUCAGAGUGUGCUGGAUCAGAACAGAGUGCUAAUCUCUCAAGUAAAUGAGAAUCAUCAGUCUAGGCUUCCUGACAACCUCUCCAAGAAUGUUUCCCUCAUUCGAGAGAUCAACAGUAACAUCUCCAAGGUUGUCAGUCUCUACGCUGAUCUAUCGAACAAUUUCUCAAAGAUGUAUCAAGCACAACUCCAAAAGAACCCAAAGCCAAGCAGCAGCAGCAGCAAUAACAACUGCCAUAACCAACCUUGACAUGAUCAACCUUCAAAGACAUCAUGUGGUCUCCUGCUCAAUUCUCCUACCUUUCCCCUCUCUUUGCAGUUGGAUUUCUUUCCCUAGGGUUCUUGCCGAUGCUUGGUUCUCUCUUUUAUUUCAGUAUUUCCUGUAAUUUUAUAGAUGACAGUGAUGCCGAUGUUGGAUUGCUGGAUGCAUGCGCGGAUGCUGUUCCUCUUUCUUUCCUACUCUGGUGCCGUUCAUUGGCUACAUGGAUGGGGUUUUUCUAGAGGUAGGUAUUGAGUUCAUUCUUUUACAGAUCAGCUGAAGUUUCCAAUUCUGUCCGCCAUGUUGUGCUUUCAUAAUAGGAUCCUGGUUAAUGUCUUGCUCUAAUUGAAUCAGAUAAUGCAUAAAUAGGAUGAACUUUUCAUACUCUAGAAAGCCUGGUUAUUUGCCAUUCAUGGCCAUUUUUGCUCGGUGCUAUUUGCAACUUCUGAAAGUACAGUAAAGUAUAUUUUCCAAUUUCAAACAUUUAUCUAUGGAGUACCAGAACUUCAGGUUUUGCUAUUCUUCAUUGUCCAGGCUGGUAACUGACAAGCUGUUAUGACCUAGUGACAGAUACUGUUGUUGAAUAUCAAAUGAUCAGCCAAUCGAGAAGUACAAAGUUGUUGCUUGGUAUAGUUUAACAUUGUAAAUUUAGCUACUUAGAAGCUUGUUUGUUAGACGGUUUGUAGUAUUCAAUAAUUAUGUGACCUUGUAAGAAAUAUGACAAGAAACUGAUUUUUGAUGAGCUUGUUGGAUGCCAGGCAUCUAAAAUACAACCGAGUAUGUGAAGGUAUAACUACAUAUAAUGGUGUAUACUUGAAUGGAAUUCAAAUUUUAAUUGCUUCA